GAGUUCUUCCUGGCGCGGAUGCCACCGUCGCCACGGCAACGCCGCUUUACUGGGCCCAACGGAUUACGGGGCCUGGGGCUGUAGGCCGCCGCGUGGCCUCGUGGGCAGCGCUAGCAGCAUGGACAGUCUGUACGUGGAGGAGGUGGCCGCCUCCCUGGUCAGGGAGUUUCUUAGCAGAAAGGGUUUGAACAAGACGUUUGUGACCAUGGACCAGGAGCGCCCCCGCUGUGAGCUUAGCAUCAACAGCAGAAAUGACCUCCGCAAAGUUCUGCAUCUGGAGUUUCUCUACAAGGAGAACAAGGCAAAAGAAAAGCCUCUAAGAACAAACCUGGAGCUCAUUACCAGAUACUUUCUGGAUAAUUUUGGAAAUACAGAUAACAGUGAGAGUCAAGAGGCCCCAAUCCCUACAAUCCCUGUUCCAAAGAAAACCAGCAAAUUGCCUAUGAGAUACUCAGAGACCACACUGGUGAAUAUAUACGACCUUUCAGAUGAAGACACAGGAAGACGUACAUCAUGGUCAGAGGCAGGCAAAGCCAGGCAUGAAAGUCUGGAUGGGAACAUACUUGGUAAUUUCAUAUCUUCCAAAAAACCCUCACACAAAAGUAAGGCUGCGCACGUGGACCUGGAUGACAGCCUCCCGUUGGUUCCUGCGUGGGAGAAGGUGGACCAGCUUCACUCCUCAGAGCCCGGCAUAGAUGUGAAGAGGACAAUGGAGAAGACCAGGCCCAAGUCUGGCCUGAUUGUCCGAGGCAUGAUGGCUGGGCCUGUCGCCAGCUCCCCUCAGGACUCUUUCCGAAAACGCUCUCUGAGAAGGUCCUCAGAUUUGAGCAGGAAGCUCCAAGCCCCAGAGGAGAGCCAGCAGCAGUCUGAGCCUUUUGUCCACACCCCAGCCUGUCUGGGUCCACAGGAGGUCCCCAAUUCCAGCAGUGACUCCGUUUCCAGGAGCCCUGUGGGUCAGCUGAAUGAACUGUCUAUAGAGAAGCCAAAUGCCACUUCUAGCAGCCAAGGGCUGUCCCAGCGGGAUAGACUCAGGCUAAGAAGUAUUUCAGAGGACAGCCCACUGGUGUACAGCCACACAGAUGGGAAUUCCAGGAUGGCCCAAGAUCGGCUGGAAAGAGCGUUCAAGCGUCAGGGCAUCCAGCCCCCAUCUCUCAGGAAAAAUCAGCUGGUGUCUGACAGGACGGGUGGUGAGCCAGAUGCCCUGCAGCUAGAGGAUGUUGAGGAUGAGCUGAUAAAGGAAGACAUUGUCUUGUCUCCACCUCUGUCAAUGCUCAAGCUUCAGACUGUGUCAAAGCCGAUUGACCUCUCACUGGCUAAGGAGAUAAAGACACUUCUGUUCGGCUCUACCUUUUGCUGCUUCAGUGAAGAAUGGAAACUUCAGAACUUUUCCUUCAAUGAUAUUGCCUCGUUAAAAUACGGCAUUGUGCAGAACAAGGGUGGUCCCUGUGGGGUUCUGGCAGCUGUUCAAGGCUGCAUGCUUCAGAAACUCCUGUUUGAAGGAGAUAACAGAACCAACUCUAAUCUCCUGCUGCAGCCCUCAGAUGCCCAGAGAACUCGCUGCCUUGCCCUGGCCAUUGCCGACAUCCUGUGGCGAGCUGGAGGCAAAGAACAAGCCGUGGUUGCAUUGGCUUCAGGAACACCGCACUUCAGUCCAACAGGGAAAUACAAAGCAGAUGGAGUCUUAGAAACACUCACACUGUAUAGUUUGACCAGCUCUGAGGACCUGGUGACUUUUAUCCUGCAGAGCGUUCAUCAGUUCGAAGCUGGACCCUACGGUUGCAUCCUGCUCACCUUGUCUGCCAUCCUGUCCAGGUCCCUGGAGCUUGUCCGGCAGGACUUCGAUGUCCCCAGCAGCCAUCUCAUUGGAGCUCACGGAUACUGUACACAGGAACUUGUCAAUCUUCUCCUGACCGGGAGAGCAGUGUCUAAUGUUUUCAAUGAUGUAGUGGAGCUAGACUCUGGCGAUGGGAACAUCACGCUCCUCCGAGGCAUCGAGGCACGCAGCGACAUCGGCUUCUUAUCUCUCUUUGAACACUACAAUGUGUGCCAGGUUGGCUGCUUCCUGAAGACGCCAAGGUUCCCCAUCUGGGUGGUCUGCAGUGAGAGCCACUUCAGCGUCCUCUUCAGCCUACAGCCAGAGCUCUUGUGCGACUGGAGGUCUGAGCGGCUCUUUGACUUGUAUUACUAUGACGGCUUGGCCAAUCAGCAAGAGGAGAUACGGCUGACUGUUGAUACCUCCAAGACCGCCUCAGAGGACAACUGCAGUGACCUUGUCCCUCCUCUUGAGCUCUGUAUCAGAACCAAGUGGAAGGGGGCAUCUGUGAACUGGAAUGGCUCAGACCCUAUCCUGUGACCCUUGGAUACACGGAGUUCUAUGGCUUCAGCACUCAUCACUGGGAUGAACCCUGGACCCCAGGUCUCAGGGUCAAGUCUCUUAGAGGAGCCACCAUGCCUAAGUUUGCAUGUCCACAGAGGCAUGCUGAGACUUCCGGUCCCUUCCAUGAAGGGCCAUGGCAGGGUUCUGUUGAGGUUCCCUCCUGGCCCAGCUGUGCCUGCCAAAGACAGGAAGGAGGGAGGCCACCAGAGACCCGACUGCCUUUCGUUCGCAUCCUUCCUGGAUAACCCUCUCUCCAAGGCCUCUGGUGUCACUGGCUUUGGGGACUCAGGAGUCUUAUUAUUGCAGCUUCCAUAAAGCAAGAGUCAUGCCUAUGACCAGGGCAAAUUUGGACUGUGGUUGGUUCAUUGGUGUGCGUGGAACCCAGGUCUUCUCUCAUCAUGUCUAAAAUGGGACAGGGAGGUGGAGGCCCAGGAUCCCGGUGUACAGCGUAUCUCCUAGCCAAGAUGUGAGGCCAAGCCCGGCCCUUUGUCCCAGAGAUGCCCUUGUCUGGGAGAAGCAGCGUAGUCUAAGAUACAAGCUACCAAGAGCAGCCAGAGGUCUGGAGAGCCCACUUCAGGGAAGACCUGGUUCUCUUGUGAGGCCACAUGAGGCUGGGGUGGGCCUAGAAGGAGGCUGGGAUGGACAGGGGUAGAAAGGUACCCAGGGAAUUACUUCUUGCCCAGGUGAGCAAAAAAGAUGGGGACAAGCAGAGGGAUCCAGUGUCCACUUUCCUGUGGCUGUGGGGAGAACUGACUGCCAUCAUGAGUGGGCAGGGCCUUGGAAGUGCUCACAUUGCAGAAUAAGGAGAGAGAUUAGAAGGGAAAAUGGUGAUGUUCUGCGUUUCACCUACCACAUGGCGAAUAUCCUCUGGCUUUCGUCAAGGAACAUGAUAAAGCAGGAGUGGAUAGCUAGGGAAGAACUCCUGGAGGUACUGGGUGGUUCAGAGCCAGAGUCCAGGGCUGCUUGCAGCAGUUCACACCAGGAACCUCGGGCCGAAGCUCCAGUCCUCAGAGUCCCUGUCCUAUGGCUAUCCAGGAAGAAACAAGCACCAAGACAAUGGUAAAGCUUGCAGGCGCCUCCACCCCUAGCCCGGCAGCCCAGCUUUGGCCUCCAUGUGUCCCCAUGGGGUUUAGGAGCCUAGCUUCUCUAGGUUGUGUCCCCUGCAAUAAGAAGUCCCCUUGCUGUAAGGAGAAACCCCCUCCGUUAAGGAGUUAUGGGCUUGGUGGGGACAACUACAGAGCUUGUCUCGUGUUCUUGUGGGCAGGGCACACACUGUGUCCCAACUGCAGACCUUUGGAGAGGCAGGGAGGAGUCAAUCAUGCCAUAGGAGAAGCAGAGGGUGGGAAGGGCUGUGUCCUGCACUAGGCUCCCACGGGGCUUGCUGUGUAAACUUUAGUGGCCAUUCACAGCAGGUUCCCAGUAGAAAUGCUUCCUAUAUCUCCUCGAAAUGUUUAUGCAUUUGUUUUCCUUGGCCGCAGAUGGGCAGCUGCAGAGUGCCUGGCUGAGGAAGUUGGUUUCCCUGCAAUGGCCUUGUUUAUCGGUCUGGGGAGGAAAAGUAUCUCUUCAAUGAAACCCACUUGGUCUCCUUGCCAGGGGCUCUUUGGCAGAGCUAGAGAAAACAAACAAUUCCCAGCAUUACUGCAGAAGGUUGACCCAACAAAGCACAGAGCUUGCUCUUCUAGGAGGCCAGAUUUGCAGACACACAAGUACUAUGCCGCGGAGAGGAAGGUGGGCAGAGCUGGGUACAGCCACUCCCAGGCUUGAAGCCUUAGCAUUCUCAGUAACACUCGCAGGACCAAAACACCUCAUCACAAGUGGGCAUUGUUCUCUAGGGGUGCAGAGGUAGGGGACUGUGCCUCACAGCCCUCUCCCGAACUGUAUUAAAAUCCUUCGUGUUC